CUGGAGAAUUAAUGAGCAUGAAUUCAACCAUCACAGCCUGGGGAAACGAAACCACAACAGCAAAUGGCAGUGCUGAGGCCAGGCCUUGUGACAAGCAUACCCUGACCAUGCACCUGCUGAUCAUCAUCGUUUCCCUGGUCGGGCUGGCAGGAAACGCGGUGGUGCUCUGGCUGCUGGGCUUCCGCAUACACAGGAACGCCUUCUCCGUCUACAUCCUCCACCUGGCUGCGGCUGACUUCCUCUACCUCUGCUUCCGGAUUAUACAUUCCCUAAGGAAACUCAUCGGCUUUUUCCGUCAUGUUUCUGUCUCCCUCCCUGGGAUCUUCAAUGCUAUUAUAAUUUUUCCCUACAUCAUGGGCCUGAGCAUCCUCACCGCCAUCAGCAUCGAACGCUGCCUGUCUGUCCUGUGCCCCAUCUGGUACCGCUGCCACCGCCCCAAUCACUUGUCAACUGUCAUGUGUGCCCUGCUCUGGGCCCUGUCCCUGCUACUGAGUGUCCUUGAAGGAAAUCAGUGUGGUUUCCUGUUUGGGAAUUAUGACAAUGAUUGGUGUCAAAUAGUAGACUUCAUCGCUGCAGGGUGGCUGAUUUUUUUAUGUAUGGUUCUGUGUGGAUCCAACCUGGCCCUGCUGGUCAGGAUCUUCUGUAGGUCCCGGCGUAUGCUACUGACCAGGCUGUAUGUGACCAUCCUGCUCACAGUGCUGGUCUUCCUCCUCUGUGGCCUGCCUAUAGGCCUCUUCUGGUUUCUGUUGUCUUGGAUUGAAAAUGAUUUUUACCCAUUCUCUUGUCAUUUGUAUCGUGUUGCAUCUGUUCUGAACGCUGUUAACAGCUGUGCCAACCCCAUCAUUUACUUCUUCGUUGGCUCCUUUAGGCAGCGGAGGGGCAAGACCCUCAAGCUCAUUCUUCAGAGGGCUCUGCAGGACAGUCCGGAGGUGGAUGAAUGUGAAGGCAGCCUUUCUCAGAAUACCCUGGAGCUGUCGGUAAGCGGAUGGGGGAAGUGAUGAAGAGCCUCUCUCCUUGGUUGGUCAGAGGUGACUUUGAGAGUCAACACUGUCCUGCCACACUUGACAGUUACCAGCUCUUCUCCCAGCCUUAAGCUUCUGAAAUGUCUUAGUGAUUCCAACAUUGAUUUAUCUUAACCUGGUCUUUUUGUUUUUCUUAGAGAAAGCAAUCUGAGAUAAGAAUGUUUCCAUCUUUCUUAACAUUCUAAAUAAACUUCUCAUGUUAUCUUCCUCUGAA